ACGGAGAAGAAGCAGAAGAAAAAUCUGUGCUUUAGUAGGGAAAAUUUUCCAUCUUUGCGAUGCAUAACCCUUCUGUCUUCUCGUCGUGUGUUCCAGGUUCCUAGCAAUGGCGGAGGUCAUAUAUUUCUUAAACAAGGACACUUUAAUGGUUAAACCUCGGAAGAAAUCACCUCUAGUAUAUAGGAUGAUAGUUUUGGCAUUUUCAAUGUUCUGUGGGGUGUAUAUAUGCUCAAUCUGUCUGAAGCAAAUAAGCCGCCGCGCCAAGCCAAAUCUUUUGAACAUCCAAAUCACCGAGGAACCUUGCGAGCUUCAUGGCAUAAAACAAUCUGAUAAACCUUCAAUCCAUUAUCCAAAACCCAAAACUUUUAGCAGGGCUGAAUGUGCAGAUAAUCCAGUGCGAUAUUUCGUUAUUGUGUCGACACAGAGAUCGGGAAGUGGGUGGUUCGAGACACUCCUAAAUAGCCACGCCAACGUGAGCUCCAAUGGGGAGAUUUUCUUCGUCAUGGAUAGGAGGAAGAAUGUUUCCACGAUUUUACAGACUCUUGACAAAGUUUACAACUUGGAUUGGUUUAGCAGUGCGUCGAAGAACGAGUGCUCUGCUGCAGUUGGCUUCAAGUGGAUGCUUAAUCAGGGAGUGAUGGAUCACCAUACAGAAAUUGUGCAGUACUUCACCCAUAGACAUGUUUCUGUAAUUUUCCUCUUCCGCAGAAAUCUUCUGCGCCGCAUGGUGUCAGUGCUAGCAAAUUCCUAUGACCGCUAUGCUAAACUGUUGAAUGGAACCCACAAGUCCCACGUGCAUUCUCCUCAAGAGGCUGCGACACUCUCGGGAUACAAGCCUACGAUCAACUCCUCAUCGUUGAUCAAUGAUUUCAAGGAGAUGGAGAAGACAGUUUCCAAGGUUUUGACAUACUACAAUACCACGAGGCACAUGGUGCUCUACUACGAGGAUCUCAUGAAGAAUUGGACUAAGCUAAAAGAAGUACAAGAGUUCCUCAGCCUGCCAACGAUGGAUUUGACGAGCCGCCAGAUCAAGAUACAUAGUGGGCCGUUGUCGGACCAUAUCAAGAACUGGGAUGAUGUUUUGACGACAAUUAAUGGGACGAGUUAUGAGCGCUUCAUCCAUGCUGACUAUUGAACUGUGCUUCAUCGGCAAGAUUUUGGAAUUAUGUACAUAACAAGUUAAAGUUAGUCAUCUUCUUGGGUGCAGAAGCUAACGACAGGAGCCACGAGAAUCGUGCUCUCAGAGGCUGCUCGUUUUUUGGGCCUAAGUUUUGUUUCCUCCUCUGCAUUCAACACAUAGUUGAAUCUCACAGUAAUUCUGUUCCUUUUUCAGUUCUAAAAGCUUGUCAUUCUUGAUUAUUA